UUUGUCCUCAUCCAAAACGCUAAAGGACCAUCCAGUGACACAGAAGACUACGUAAAAGGGGCAGUUAGGCCACUAAACGUUGCACCAUGAAUCCUGAAUAUGAUUAUUUGUUCAAGCUGCUUCUCAUAGGCGAUUCUGGAGUCGGAAAGUCCUGUCUCCUUUUACGGUUUGCUGAUGACACCUACACAGAAAGUUACAUAAGCACAAUUGGAGUGGACUUCAAGAUCCGAACCAUUGAACUGGACGGGAAGACCAUCAAACUGCAGAUAUGGGACACGGCUGGUCAGGAGCGGUUCCGCACAAUCACCUCCAGCUACUACAGAGGGGCACACGGCAUCAUCGUGGUCUACGACGUCACCGACCAGGAGUCCUACAACAACAUCAAGCAGUGGCUUCAAGAAAUUGACCGCUAUGCCAACGAGAACGUCAACAAGUUGCUCGUAGGAAACAAGUGUGACCUGACCACCAAGAAGGUGGUUGACUACACCACUGCAAAGGAGUUUGCAGACGGCCUGGCGAUUCCCUUCCUGGAGACGAGCGCCAAGAACGCCACCAACGUGGAGCAGGCCUUCAUGACCAUGGCGGCGGAGAUCAAGAAGCGCAUGGGCCCCGGGGCCACGGCCGGCGGCGGAGACAAGCCCAACCUGAAGAUCGAGAGCACCCCCGUGCGGCAGUCGGGCGGAGGCUGCUGUUAAGGACGGAGCCGACGCCACCACCGCCGUCGCCCCCCUCCCCAGCCUUACUGCUGUACCUUCCUAUAACGUAACCGGGGGCUGAAGAAGGAAACGUGGACUCUUGCACUCAUGCAAAACAAGCAAGGGGCCGCGCUCAAGUGCACGUGGUAAGGACCGAGACAGAGACAUUCUUUCCCCACCUCUAAAGGGGUCCCCUUUUAGAGGUUUAUAAUGAGACGAUGGAAAGAACUGAGAACGAGACACACACACACUUUCGCUCUUUACAUUCAAAUAGGAUCACAACGGUAACACACAUGGUACACUUUCUCAUGAAAAGAAGCCAAACUGAAGUAUCUCUUACUGACAUUAUCUGAAAAAGAUCAUCCCUAUUUAUUUGCACUUGAAUUUGUGAUUACACUUAAAAACAUGCGUUAUAACACCUGCUUUGACAGGAGCGAUGUGAAGGUUGUUGGUGAUGUUAUUAUUAUGACACAGUGUCUUAUAUUUGUAACCUAAGGCCUUUUCUUUUACGGAUAGGUGCUCCUCAUUCCAUUGUUCCUCUAUGCGCUUAAUACAUUUAAAGUUCUCUUGUAAAAGAAUGAAAAACAUGUUAUUUAAUGUGGCGAUGGUAAUAGUGUAGGAAUUUGAUACCGUGGUCCACAGUUUAAAGAAAACACAACCAACAAACAGUGAAAUAAGAUGUCUGCCGUUCAUUCAUGGUGAGUGUUCUCAUCACCUCUCCGCUGACUUAAGGCCUCAGUUUGUGAUAUUGAGGUUAACUAGAUGUUCUCAAAACGUAACUAAUCAAACCUGUGUUCAAACUGUGUGGAAAAGUCAUAACUUGCAAUAUUCAACUGUCAGGGGUUUGAUGAAACAUCAUUUUUGCAGUUUUAUGUUGUAGUCUUCUUUUUUUACAGUUAAGUUUUUGUCGGCUAUUUUACCUGUUACUGUAUCAAUGAUUAUGUAAUUUACUGCUGUUUUUGUCAAACGCUCUCACUUUGAAGGUAAUUGUUAUCAUUUCAGACAGGAAUCCACAAGCACUCCAUGUUUAUACAUGUAACUAUCGACAUUUGUUUGGCAUGUUUCUGUGUUGCACUUUUUUUCUUCCCACCCCCAAAACAGGAAAACAUUGCUUACCUACAAUCCGGCAGGUAAGAGAACUUGAAACACACUGUGUGUAUCGCUGUGUGUCUCAAGGAAAGAAACACUACUCGCCUCACACCAUUGUUUCAUUGUUAAAUUCAGAAGGGGUGUGCAUUUUAAAAAGCUGUUGGUGAAAUUCAACAGAUUAACUAACCAGUCAUUGGUUCUUCUGACUCAUAGAAAGGAACUCAGUCGCAGACUUAAUCAAACUCACUUGAAAUGUCAGUGUAUGAGUGUGCUGAUUAGUAUAACAGCCUGUUAACUACUGUGAGCUAUGAAACAUGCUGAAGGUGUUUUUUGUAAUAAUGUAUGUAUGGGCACAUGCUGUUCACAUAAUGUUUUUGACUUUAAUGAAAUAAAUAAUUUUGCAUGCGACAAA